AUGUCCUGCAAGCAUGUCGAUUCCGCAGAUUUGCGGCCUCCCGGCCCCGUCCAGUCAGUCUACCGGGAGGACUGUACUCAGUGCUUUGACUCCAUAGAUGAUCCUACCGGCCUCGACGUGUGUCUGUAUUGUUUCAACGGUGGUUGCACCGGAGAACGAAAGCAUGCGGCACUCCAUUCUACAACUCGACAUCAUCCUUUAGUUUUGAACAUUAAGAGGACCCGGCGCGUUGUCGAGCGUGACGAACCCCCUCAAAAGAUCUCUAAGAUCGCAAUCGCUGCGGAAACCGAAGCCGAUCGAUACAAUUACGAGACGACGGUUAGAUGCUACGAAUGCAAUGUGGACAACGUAGAUAAGAAUGCGGGAAAGCUUGCUGCAGUAGUUGAAGGAGUCAUGAAAGCGAACACAUUCUCGAGACAGGAGGAAGUCAAGGCCUGGGAGCAAGAAUUCACAUCUUGUGAACAUAUUCUUAUGCUACAGCAACAACCCCCCAGAAAGAUUGAGUCACAGGACCUUGGUCACUGUUCUUUGUGUGAGCUCCAGGAGAAUCUCUGGCUUUGCUUAGAGUGUGGCAAUCUUGGAUGUGGCCGCGCUCAAUUUGGCGGAGUUAGUGGCCAUUCCCAUGGACUAGAGCAUAAGAAUACCAUAGGGCAUGCAGUUGCAGUCAAAUUGGGAUCGAUCACACCGGAAGGAACAGCAGAUGUCUACUGCUACGCGUGUGACGAGGAGCGCAUUGAUAAAAACCUCGGAGGUCACCUAGCAAACUGGGGAAUCAUACUUGCUGAGCGUCAGAAGACCGAGCAGAGCUUGACUGAAAUGAACGUGGAGCAGAAUCUGCGGUGGGAUUUUUCUAUGACUGAUGAGUCUGGUGGAGAACUCAAGAAGCUAUUUGGCCAAGGGUUUACCGGCUUGAAGAACCUCGGAAAUAGUUGCUAUAUGGCAAGCACGAUACAGUGUCUCUUUUCGCUGCCACAGUUUCAGGCCCGAUAUUAUCUACCUGGAUCCGAGCUCCCUACCGUUGAAGAUCCAGCUCAAGAUUUGGAAACUCAACUCCGUAAAUUGGGCGACGGUUUACUUUCUGGACGAUACUCAAAUCCGGAUCCAGAUGCUGCUGCUUCUGGGGACAACCAAGUUCCAUACCAGAAGGGUCUUGCGCCGGCCAUGCUGAAGUAUUUGAUUGGAAGGGGCCACGUUGAGUUCUCCACGAUGCGGCAACAAGAUGCCUUUGAAUUUCUUUUACACGUCUUUAAGCUCGUUACCCGGAGUAAGCACACUGCAGAGUUACAAGAUCCAGUGCGAUCAUUCCGUUUCGUCAUGGAGCAACGUUUACAGUGCCUCAGCUGCAAGAAAGUCCGAUACAGUACCGAUGAGCAAGACAAUAUCUCAAUACCAGUCCCUAUCCGAAAGAUUAUCCCGCCAGCUUCGAAUUCAGGAGAGAAGCCAAGCGAUGAUAAAAAGGAUGAGUAUGAGUCUGUGACUUUGAAAGAGUGCUUGGAUAGCUUCACAUCUUCGGAGCACGUGGAACUCACUUGUUCUUCAUGUGGCAGCAGAGAUGGCUUCUUAAAGAGAUCGCUCUUCAAGACUUUCCCUGAGGUUCUGGCUAUAAAUGCUCGACGAUUCAAUCUCAUCAACUGGGUCCCUACCAAAGUCGAUGUUCCCGUUGUUGUUGGCGAUGAAUCCUUCCUGCUUGACGACUACAGGUCACCUGGCCACCAACCCUCUGAGGAGCUCCUACCGGAGGAAGUCAGCACAAGCACGCCUUCCUUUGUCGCGAACCCCGAGGCGGUACAAAUGCUAGAAGGCAUGGGCUUCCCACGAGUUCGCUGCGAGAGAGCUCUGCAUGCCACCGGCAACGCAGACGGAAAUGCUGCCAUGGAGUGGCUCUUUGGCCACAUGGACGACCCAGAUAUCAAUCAACCCUUGGAUCUUGGUGGUGGAGGCCAAGCAGCUGGUACAGCUGAUCCCGAAAAGAUUGAGAUGCUGGGCGCAAUGGGAUUCGGACCACCACAGGCACGAAAAGCUCUUAAAGAAACUGGUGGUGAUUUAGAGCGAGCUGUCGAAUGGCUGUUCAAUCAUCCUGACGACCAAGGAGAUUUUGGAGACGAAGAGCCUGCCGCCGCUGAACCUGUCGUUAAAGAAUUCCCUGGAAGCAGUAAACUGCCCGCCAAGUUCCAGUUACAGUCUAUCAUCUGCCACAAAGGGGCCAGUAUUCAUGCUGGCCACUACGUUGCAUUUAUUCGCAAGGCCAUUUCUGGACAAGAGACGCCAGCAUGGGUUCUUUACAACGAUGAAAAGGUUGUGCAAGCAACUGAUAUCGAGGAGAUGAAGAAGUUUGCCUAUGUUUACUUCUUCCAACAUGCAUGA